ACCAGGCUCCUGAACAACAGAUUUCAACUUGAACCUGAGAGGAGCAUCAUCAUGACUCCUGUUUUCCUCCUCCUCCUCUUCUUCCCCAUGACGGCCAUCGCUGCAGAUGCAGCUGAUGAAGCAAAUCAAUUAGACGAAUCUCCAGGAGUCUCUGAUGUCCUUCAAAGAGUCAAUGACGGCUUACCAAAUCUGGUCCAUGGCGACAUUGUGCUAAAUUCCAAGAAGAACGCAGACCCCUGCACAGCUACUGGCUGCAAGUGGCCCAAACGUGGAAGCUAUGUCAGAGUGCCAGUGGUCAUCUCCUCCAAAUACACCAGGACAGAGCGCAACCUCAUCAUCAGAAGCCUGGUGACCUUCCACAGGUCCACAUGCAUUCGCUUUGUGUGGAGACGCUGGUACCACAGGAACUACCUCUACUUCUUCUCCGGAACUGGGUGCUGGUCGUAUGUUGGCCGUCAGAGUAGAGGACAGGCGGUCUCCCUGAGGAAAAACGGAUGUUUGUCCACAGGCACGGUGCAACAUGAGGUCAUCCACGCUCUGGGUUUCCACCACGAGCAAGUCCGCUCCGACAGGGACACAUACGUUCGAAUUCUCACCGAAAACAUUAGUUCAGGAAAGGAAACAAACUUUAGAAAAGUGAAGACUAACAAUUUGGGGACUCCCUACGACUUCAACUCUGUCAUGCAUUACAGCAAAUACGCCUUCAGCAAAAAUGGAAAGCCAACCAUCCUCGCCAGGAGCAACCCCAACCUCGAAUUUGGACGCGCCACUUCCAUGAGCUCGAAUGACAUUGCCCGCAUCAACAAGCUUUACCAAUGCUGAGUCUGAACAAGAAACUUUAACCCGUCACACUGCCACCAAACGUGAUGAAGGAACGUGUCGACCUCCAGAAACAUCAUGAUUUCUGAUGCAGCGCAACAAUAAUAUUCAAAGGGUUCAACAGCAUAUGUUGUUGUUAGCUUGUUAGCUUCUGUUAGCGCUUGGUUUUGAUGUAUUUCACUGCAAACUCAAAAAAAACCAAAAAAACCAUUAAUUUUCUUACUAUGAUUGGGUGAUGGAUUUGCUCAGAAGUACCAGGCAGUGAAACAACCCUGAAACAACAAAUUGAGGGGCUGAAUAUUUGCUGUAUUGUUUGAUUCAUGAAUUGUGAAAGCUGUUUUGAAAUAUUCAGUAAACAGCUGAUUCGAUGCUCAUUGUGUGCAGCAUCAGCAGGGAGACAAACAAUUCUCACUUCUACUGACAGUAAUAAUCAAUAACAUUAUUGGAUCUGGGUCAAACAUUUUUGUUUUUGUGGGUUUUCCUCUGUUAGAAUACUAGAGCAUUUACCAAUUAUGAUCAAUAAUCAAUGACUGUGUGUUCAUUUGGAUAAUUUCCUUAUUAAAAUC